AUGGAUAAAAAGGUAUCAGCAGCAGCGCCUGAGGAAAAUAUCGACUGGGGCGUCAUUGGAGCAGAGAGGACUCCUCAGAAGACUGAUGUCUUGUUAAAAAAUGUACACUCUGGUCUUUCUGACCCACUCGCUGAUCCUGUUAAAUGCUCACUGAUCAAAGGAGAUUAUCUUUACUUCCAUUACGGCUGCGAUGGUCUCGAUGACAGAGGAUGGGGAUGUGGGUACCGGACGAUCCAAACCAUGGCCUCCUGGAUUCACUACAACAGCUCCUCACUUCAGAACCAUGAACUGGCGCCGAGUCUCCCAGAGAUCCAAGGAGCCCUGGUUGCCAUGGGAGACAAGCCCGGCUGUUUCUCAGGCUCCAGGGAGUGGAUAGGAACAUUUGAAGCCUCCCUGGUGCUGGACUGGUUCCACGAUGUCCCCUGCAAGGUGGUGCACGUUCGAGGUGGAGGGGCAGAGCUGGAGCAGGUUGCAGUGGAGGAGCUUCAUCAGCACUUUGCAAAGCACGGAUCUCCUGUCAUGAUGGGGGGAGACAGGGACAACUCCUCUAAGGGUGUGUUAGGGGUGUGCACCGGGGACAAGGGGAGCUACUUGCUGGUUCUGGACCCUCACUGCUUUGGGAGCAAACUGGAGAAGACGGAGCUGCAGAGGAGAGGGUGGGUGGCGUGGAGGCGAGUGUCAUCUCUGGAUCAGUCGUCGUUUUACAAUCUGUGUUUGCCUCAGACCGCUGAAAGGAGAACAUAA